AUGGAAGAGCCACCAGCAAAGAAGGCCAAAACCGAGGAGGAGGAGGUCGAUGCGUCUCUGGACAAAGCUCCCCGGAUCAAGGAGUCGCCCACGUUCCUCGUGGAAGACACGACCCUCAAUGUCGUGCCGUCCUCCUCAGGGAGCAUGCUCACCGCUCUGUCAGAGGGGGGUCUACAGUAUCUCAUAGCGGGGGCACGAUCCAACAUUGGGCUCAAGUCCGGUCGCUAUAUGUUCGAGGUGAAGAUCCUUGAGAAGAGCAGCUUCCACGAAGAUCCUACUGCUCGAUCCAGGAUGAUGGGUCCACGCAGUGUUCUGCGGAUCGGCGUGGCCACCGCAAUGUCUUCCCUCAUCCUUGGCGAGACAGAGGACUCGGUCUGCUUUGACUCGGAAGGCUUCUUCCGGGAUCGGAGGAAAGCGAGUCCUGCCUGCAGCUCCAAGUUCACCACGGGCGACGUGGUGACACUGGUGGCCAAUCUGGACCCGAAUAGUCGGUUUGGCAACACGCUGAGCAUCUUCAAGGACGGCCAGCGCAUGGCGCCGCCCCAGGCCAUUCCCGAGCACCUGCAGGGGAAGGUCCUGUACCCUUCGGUGAGCUUCAGGAACAUGGCCUUGCACUACAACUUUGGAGCUUCACUGAUGCCAAUGCCCUUCAAGUGCCGCUUCCUGAAGGAUGCAUCACAACGGGAUGUGAGCAUCAAGACGGCCGCGAAGCCAUCGGAUGGACAGUGCGAGGUGAUCUUUCCCAUAGCGGUCCCGGACGAGGGCGGCUUUGACUGGCUUGACCAGUUCCUAGAAAGCCAUCCGGGUUACACCGAGCUGAGCGACCGGGCCAUGCUGGCAUGGUGCGAGCAGAGCGGGCUCAGCCGCCCCAAGGGCUAUGCAGCUGCAGCACGAGCAUCCAAUGACAAGCCCGAGAUGGGCUUUGGGGUCUCCGCCCUGGAUGACGGCAGCAUGCGCCGCACCCUGCAGGCGCUUGUGUCCAUUCAGCCGCGGAACUUCAUAGUCAUGGAGGUGAAGUCUGGCCUUCUGAAGGAGGACCGAAGUGAGCUGGCCUCACGUUGGAGUGGGUACCAGCGAAUCGCCACCGUUCUAGUGGGCGAGCCUCCCGCGGCCUUCAAGGACUUCAGCCAGGACAGGAUGCUCAAGGCGAAACAGGAGGUGAAGCAGGCAGAGGCCAAAGCAAAAGGGACACCCGAGGAUGACGUCCCUGUCGUGGAGCUCAGUGCAGAGGAGAAAAAGCUAACCUUUCGGCGGUUGCCUGUGGGUGACCUGACCGCUUAUGUCCUGAAUACCAACUUCCAAAAGUUCAGCCUCCCAGAUGAGCAGGAGACGUAUUUUGAGGACAUCCAGUACAUCUGGAGCGCCGAGAAGAAGGCAAAGCAACAUCUGGAAGAAUGGAUUCAGGUGAAGAAGCUCACAUCUCGUUUGGAAGACCUACAGCCGGGCGAGUGGUUCAACACGAAGUGGAAAGAAUGGCAGAAGGUGGUGCAGUCCUACCAAACCAAGCACAAUGCCCACAAAGCGGCUGAGGCAAAGAAGAACGCGCAGCUGGCUGCCAAGGAGCAGGCCGAGAAGGAUGGGACGGAACUGCCAUUGGAGGUGCUGGCCGCCCUCGAUGAUAGCAACAAGGUGGACUUCGAGAGUCUGGACGUGUUCGGUGUGGAGGAUGUGAUGGAUGUUGGGGGUGGGGAGCCUCUUUUCGCCGCCUUCACCUUCGAGGACUGGACUCUCAUGAGCUUGCGCUACGAGCUUCACUUGAUGGCCCAUGCCUUCCGCCGUGACUCUCAUGAUCCUGGCCGUGUUGCCGUGCCUGUCGAGCAUCUCGCUUUCUACUACCAGAAGUACUACAAAAAGGCUCUCAACAUCAAGUUCUUCGGAGUGGAUAGUUGCGAGGAGCUGCAACGCGAUUGUACCAACCAAAGCGUCGACAGCAUGGACUCGAUCAUCAUGUUGCCAAGACAGUUGCCGGAGGCUGACCCCAGAGUCUAUGCAAUCAAGCGCCGCCUGGUUCAACUUGUUCUGGGGUUGGAUAAUGUGGCAACUGCCGAGAAACUGCUCCAGCAAGCAGAGCGCACGAUCCUGAGCGAGUGCGUCGCUCGCCGUCACGUGAAGGCCUGGAUGGCACAAUCCACCUGCAUGCAGGAGGUGAGAGACUCGAUCGAUGCACGCUGCCUCGACAAAGUUGCAGAUCACGUGACGGUGCCGAUACCGGGCCAUGAGCAACGCAGCUGCCCCGACUGCUUCACCAGCCGUCUGUCUUCUGGACUCCUCCUGUUGGCUGGCAUCUCACCGAAGCCUGGCCGCUGUCAGACGCUGCUCCUGAUUGCGGUGCUUUGCCUCGCUUCGAUCCGAGCUGCGAGCUGCUGGGCCAAGAUGCUCUCCCAUGAAAGGUAUGGUUUCAGUAGCUUGGAGUGCACAGUCAGGGCUUUCCAGUCCACCUGUGCACUUCCCCUGAUCGCGCAAGCGCACCGCCGCGGCCUCGCGGAGCUCGUGACAAAGCAGAUCCGCAGCGCAGAUGGCGAUGACUUCAUGGAGCCGUGGAUGGAGAGCCAGAAGUCGAGUUUCGCCGUGAUCCUGGCUUACCUGCUUCUGCACUUCCUCCACGCUGCCGCCUCUUACAGGCUUUCAGCCCAUUGCGAUCCUAGUGGUGGUCUGUUUUCCAUGUGUGUGGAGUGUGCCGGAGGUCUUUUCACCGCCGGGUUAGCGCAUUGCACAGUGCACCUCAACAGUUGCCUCAUGCACUAUGUGGACUUCUUUGCAAGGGUUUGCGGGAACUCUACGAACGGAAUCGGCAAGGCAGAAAGAACAUGGACAUGUGUGGCUGCCUUCGCGAGCACCAUUUCCAGGCUGACUGGUGCAGUGUACAUAUUUAUCAUGGCCUUUGCGGUUCUUGAAGCCGUUCCUGCACUCGGGCAGCUUCUGCUUGACGCAGAAGGCCUGACGCUGGGAUGCGGGUUUCACUGGGUGGUCCCUUCUCUUUCCUCAGCCGCGACGAACCUUGCACUCGCCCUCUAUGUUUGGCACUCUGCGGUCAAGGUUACACAGCAGUGUGAAUGCGCUGCUUCCUUUGCCAACCACGUGCUGUCUCUGACAUCGUCCCUGCCAAUGGCAGAGCGGCAAGGGCUUGUUCUACACCUUCAGCUCAGUGAUGCUGGUAUACGGGUAAGUGGCAUGAAGAUCACUGGUGCGGUGAUGUUGAAGCUGCUGUCAGUGCUCACAACGGUGGCCUUGGCCGUUGUGAUGCAGCUCAUGUCCUGGAGCCAGCCGCGGCAGGAACGAUUGCAGAUCCUGUUGAAACAAACCCUGGGCGCCGUGAUCUCGGGUUGA